AUGUCUUCGAGUGUUGGUGUCAACUGUACUGAACUUAAGCAAAAAUAUGACAAUUGUUUCAAUCGCUGGUACUCUGAAAAAUUUCUAAAAGGAGACACAACUCCCGAAUGUGAAGAUCUAUUUAAGGAUUACAAAGCAUGCGUUAUGAUCACUUUGAAAGAAAAGGGUAUUGAUAAGCUAUUAGAUAGCUCACGUAAAGAGAACCCUUUCCCUACAACAAAUAAUACAACACAGAAUGGUACCGAAACAGUUGAUUAA